AUGAAAUGGAUGCAGUUGCGCCUUUUUCUUAAAGAAUAUUACAUCGGUACCGAUAAACUUAAAUAUGUCUUUGAAGACCUCAAACAGCAGGAGCAUGUUGGCGGAUGCAAGGCGGAGCGGAAAGUGACGCAUUCAGAAGAAGUGUGGGAAAGGAAAGCAAAAGAGAGUGAUUCUGAAGUUGUAAAUGAUAAUGAUGAGGAGGAAGAGGAAGAUGAAAAAAUGGAUGAAUCUGAGGACAAGAGAGACAUAAACAAGGAAGACUCCAAAGAUGUUGAAAAAGCAGAAAACAAGAAAUCUGAGAGUGAUUCUGAAGUGCAGAAAAAUGCUCAGUGCAAUGGAAGUGAUUCUGAGGAAGGUUCCGGAAAAGUUGUGAAUUCUCGUCUUUCACCUCCAAAACCAGAAACUGCUCCUGUUGUAGCUCCUCUUACAGUAGAGGAUGUGAUCAAACUGGACACUUCAUCUAUAAUCAAAGCAAGUGACAAUGAUUCACUAAUUGUGAAUCCUGAUGACACCCAGAGUGAUAUUGAUUCCUCUGUGAAUGAAAAAGAUUCUGUCAACGAUGAACCAGUGCAAGAGGAAAGUCAAGAAAAUGCAGCACAAUCAGAUUCGAAGUCAUCAGGGAGAGAUGCCACCACAGAAGGAGAUUCUGAAGAAAAGCACUCUCCCAAGGAAGAGUCAGUUGCUAAAGACGAUGAAUCAAAUGCUAAUAAUGUUUCUUCAGAGAAUGCUAACUCCACUGAAAAAACAUCAGAAUCAUCUCCUGCAACCGACAAGCAAAAGAGCUCUGCAGAUGUUGCAAAGAGUUCUGAAAAAGAUUCUUCAAAAAAGGCAGAUUCGUCAACAAAAAAGAGUUCACGUUCUACUUCAUCCUCUGGAGAGAAUGUGAAACGAGUUUCAGCUAGCGGAAAAAAUUUGUGGGUUAGUGGCUUAGCAGAGAAGACUAGAGCAAAUGAUCUGAAAUCUCUCUUCAGCAAAUUUGGAAAGGUAUUAGGAGCAAAAAUUGUGACAAAUGCUCGAACCCCCGGAGCUCGUUGUUACGGCUUUAUUACAAUGAAUACUAGUGAAGAAGCUCUUGUUUGUAUUGAGAAGUUAAAUCAUACUGAACUUCAUGGAAGAAUUAUAACUGUAGAAAAAACAACGAAAGAACCUUCCGGCACAAUAAAAAGGGGUGAGCUGAGGAAAAAAGGCACUUCUCAGAAAGCAAGUACUGGGAAAUCUGAAGCAAAAGAAAAAACGGAAGGUGAGACAAAAGAAACAGCUGAAAAUGCAGAAUCUGCAGAGACCGCUGAAGAAAAGGAGAAGGGUGAAAAGCAAAAGUCUGCUGAAAAAUCUGAUGACAAAGAUGUUGAUGUAAAAAGCAAAGAUGGCACAGAAGAAACUAAAGAAGGUGAAAAGAAAGAGGGGAAAAAGCGAACACCAUCUAAAGAAAAAGAGCUACGAGCACGUGAGAAGUCAAGAGAUAGAAAGAGAUUACGUGGUCGAAGAUCCAGAAGUAGAGACAGAGGAAGGCCUGGAUUCCGUGGUGGUUUUUUCAGACGUGGGUAUGGCCGUGGCUUUGGAUCCCGCAGACCCUUCAUGAGCAGAUUUAUGGAUCGUUACCAUAGAGAUCGUAUUAGAGAUAGAGAUCAUGAUUCUGAUCGACGAAGGUUUUCUGAUAUUAUAAGGCAGAGAGAGAUUGAAAGAAAGAAUCGUGAAGAAUCCAUCCGUCUCGAGCGAGAGAGAGAGAGAUUAAGGAUUGAAAGAGAGAAACUGGAGCGAGAACGAGCAGAAGUUCUACGGCUUGAGCGAGAAAAGCAGCGAAUGGAGAGAGAACGUUUAGAAAGAGAAAGGGCUGAAUUGCGAAAGCGCACACAAAUGACUCUUGAAGAUAGAAGGGGUUCCAAAAGAGGCUUUGAGGGUCCUCGUAAAGAUAUUGAUCCUUAUUGGGAAGAUAGAAAGCGCCAUGCUGGACCAAGAAGAGAACCAUCUCUUGACUCUCCGACUGGGUUUGGAGAAUUUGGAAGAGAUCGUGGUGCCUUUUCUGACAGAAGAGGUGACAGAUUUGAAGGAAGAGCCAAAGGUGGUGAUAUUUCCCCUACUUUUAAUAGCUCUGGACGUAGAGAAGGAAGGCAUGAGCAUGUAGAAGAGAGGCCAGCUUUUCAUCGUGGUAAUAGAAAUGCUCGUGAUACAGCCGAAAGAGGAGGAAGAGAUGAAUGGAAAGGCAAACAAACUCGUGAUCGUGGAUUCGAUCGACCUGGAAGAAAUAAUUUCAACGAAAGAGGUCGUAAUUUUGAUAGGCCUCAUCCGUGGGAAGGUGGACCUCCUGACAGGGAUCAGAACAAGUUUGGUAAUAAUGCACAAAUGGGAAACUCUCAGUGGGUUCCUGUAAAUAAAAUGACUGAAAACUGGGGUCGUAUGGAUCAGCCUCCACAAGAGCGUUGGGGAGCUAUGGAUUCUCGAGUGCAACCUGGAAUGAAUAUGGGUCCACCUAAUGUAGGACAUCCCCCAAAUCAAAUUGGCAUGUUUGGCAAUGCUGGUGGAAAUGAAAUGAUGAACCCAAUUGCUGGACACUUUUGUGUCGAUCGUUUCAAUACAAAUAGUCGGCGUUUCUAAUUUCUUGUAAAGCAUUAGGACUUGCUUUUGAACUCUUACUUGAGUUUUGGAACAAAUAUUUAUUCGUUCCUUGGUGAGUAAAUUUGAUGAUGUGUAUAGUACAAUGCGCCUGCAUUAUAAUAUGUUUUAAUCUUAAUUAUUUUGUUAUAUCAGAUUUGUUCAUCUACAUUAUAUCAGACUUAUUCAUCAGCAUUAUGUUUUUGCUGAAGUAAUCCAUUUUUGCUAUCACAUCAAACUGUAUGUUUUAAUGUGAGACAUAAAUAUCAUGAGGUUUAGUUAUUUUGUAACCAUCUUUAUUGCAUAUAGUACAUUUUCCAGUUUUACCGAUUAAAGUACUUUGAAAUUCACAUAUAUGUUAAGUUUUGCUAUUUUUAUGUAUGUGUGAGUUUUAUUGUUAUCAUUUUGGUUCAUGCACAUUAUUAAAACUGUGUCAUUGUCUUGUAUGGCUGACUGUUAGUACAAUAAAAAUUUAGUAUAAAUAA